ACCUACCCAUAGUCUCACACACACUCGGUUUAUUCAGUUUACUAACCAACAGUAUACCUUUCAUCAGUCCUCGCGGAGGACCGUGUCGCUCUGCCGUAUAUUGUUAAUGGUUACCGUCAUACAAAUAAUAUCGUUCUAUUCAUGCGUCUAUAGCUUCUUCUACCCGUAAAACCCGGUGUUGGUGUACGCACAAAAUGUACCGGAAUAUUUACAACCAACUAACAAAUCUCACUUAGUGAUAACUGAUCGAAUCAUCGUGUACCUGUACAACAAUAUAUUUAUAUACAUACCUAGAGGGAGAGAAAAAGACGAGAAAAAACUAUAAAUCAGUGUAAAUGACGAGCGAGCGGAACAUACCACACUUGAGGGACAUAUUCGGCGGCGUCGGUGACGACGAUGGUCUGCCGAACGAGUUGCGGCGGUUGGACGUGAAGGGCGACGACCGAAACUCGUUGGGUGGCGUUAGCGCGGGUGGCACUGACAGCGCCAUAUCGGUGGGUUCGGCUAGCGAGGAGGACUUGUUGCCGGUCAAAGGGUCCAAGAAAAAACGGCACAAGGGCGGUGGUAGUCGACAGACCAAGUGCGCGGCUACGUUCGAGGAUGACGUGAAGCACCUGGAACGGCACCUGUCAAUGAAGAAAACCAUCAGGAAGAAAAUCAUGCGAGACUUGCAACAGGCGUUCGUCGAGGAUCCGGACGAGUUCAAGGUGGAAGACAUACCGCCAGAACAGCUAAAGGCUGAGCUAAAUUCCAGGAGUCUAAGCUUUGGCAUGCCUGGCAAGAAAAAAGGUAAAAUGAAAUCCGAAUCGAAUUUCCUGGACUUUUUACGUGGCGGCAACGACUCGACAAUGACUGGCCGUCGUUACAACGCGGACGAAAGCGAUUCUGGACACGGGUCGCCGACCAGAGAAUUGGAUGAUGACGAACCGUCGAUACGGAAGCCAAGCUUUUGGAGACGUUUUACCACGAAGGGCGCGAGGAACAAGCGGUAGGCGCGAGUACCGUGUUCAAGCGCAUAAGUAACACUGUGAUCCUUAAAAGUUAAAACCUAUUAUUAUUAAUAUUAUUAUUUUAUGAUUUUAUUUUAUUUUUAUCACGUAAAAUUUAUUGUAUGUGCGUAUGCGGCCUAUUUUCGACCUUAUUAUGAUCCUGACGCUAUUAUCUUCAACAAUCCGAUGUACAGUCGCUUAUGUGACUUAUCCCGAACUCCCGACCAAUACGAGACAAGCGUCUAUUACAUUAAUGAUAACAAAUCCUCUAUAAUUUAUCUUUUGAUUUUAUAAGUAAAGGUUUUCCAUUCGAAUUUUUUUCUAUGAUAUCCUAUGAUGUAUUUAGAUAUAAAAUAUUUUAUACAAUGUAUGUGUGUAUCAUUCUAUCAUGUAUGUAUGUAUCUAUUAGUGUAGGUAUGUACUUAAUAAAAAUGUCAUACUUAAUAAA